AUGAGCCUUUUUCGCCAAAACUCAGCGUUUCCAAAUUUAGUGGAAACGCAACGUAAUAGUUUCCGUCGUUUUCUUGAACGUGGCAUUGGGGAAGAAUUACUCGCAAUUUCAAAAAUUCAUGGGGAUCGUGCCCAACGCGUUCAUAAACAAAAACUCAAAAAACUUCAAACAACAAAGACCGCACCUACGGAAUCUUUUUUAGAUAAACGCUUAGCUACCGAAGCCGUAGAACACCGCGACUUUACGAUUGAAUUUAAAACUGAAGAUUACUAUUUUAAACUACCAAAACAUACACCUGAAAGUGCCGUGGCAAAUGUGACGACAUAUGAAGCCCCAUUGAUUGUACCAGCAAUUAUUCGAUUCCCACUUUUACGUCUUUCUGCGUAUGUACCCGUAAAAUUUUGUAAUCUUCCAUUAAUGACAACAUCAGGGAAUUUUAUUAUUAACGGAUCACCACGUGUAGUUGUGCACCAAAUGGUACGCUCGCCUGGUGUGUACUUCAAACGUCAAACGGAUGCCAAAAACCGUGAUACUUUCAUGGUGAGCUUCUUAGCAUCCUAUGGAUCGUGGCUUCGUUUUGAAACAAAACGUGGUCCACGAGUGGAUAACAUCAUGUAUGUCAAAAUUGAUAACUUACGACCACUCCCAUUAACACUUUUACUGCAGGCUGUCGGGUUUUCAUAUGCUGAUGUUAUUGACGCAGUUUAUGACCCAUUGCUAUUAAUGGAUACACGUGAUGCAGUCGGGUGGGUGAAAUCUCGAAAUGAGGCACUCAUUGUAAUGAUGAGUUUACUUUUCCCAACCCGUCCAGCAACCGUAAAAGCUGGUAAAAAAUUCCUCUAUGAUACACUUUUUAAUCCACGCCGAUAUAGUUUUAGUAAAGUGGGCCGAAAGCAAGUUAACCGUAAAUUACGCUUAACACGUCAAACCGAUUAUUUAACUUUAACACCAGAAGAUCUUUUAGCUGGAGUCGAUUGCCUUAUUCGUUUAAAAGCAGGGCAAACACAUUUAUUAGAUGAUAUUGAUCAUUUAAAAAACCGACGUGUUCGACUCUCCGGUGAAUUAAUUCAAACGCAAUUCCGUAUCGGGGUGAAUCGUUUAGAACGUGUGGUAAAAACACGCUUAAAUGAUCCCGCUGUGGCAGGGUCUUUUUUCCGAGACCCAAUCGAACAAGCGCUUCUCGCACGCAAAGCAAAAAAACGUCGUGCAAUGAAGCAAACAAAAACGGGAAGUCAGCUUACCCGUAAAUUACACGCCACAGGGCGCAUGAGACACUCAAAAGAAAAGCUGCGCCAAAAAAGUAACGAUAUUGCUGUAAACUCACGCCAUGCUCGAUGGACCUCAUUUGUCCGUACGUCCGUUAUUUCAUCUACAAUGCGUGAAUUUUUUGGUUCAAGCCAAUUAUCACAAUUUAUGGACCAAACAAACCCCUUAGCUGAAGUGACACAUAAACGUCGUUUAAGUUCACUUGGGCCGGGUGGUUUACACCGUGAUCGAGCGGGACUUAUUGUACGUGGUAUUCACCCAAGUUAUUAUGGUCGUGUGUGUCCAAUUGAAACUCCAGAAGGAAAGAACGCCGGUUUAGUUGGCUCAUUAGCCUCGUUUGCCCAAAUUAACGAGGAUGGUUUUGUAAUGGCCCCUUACUAUAAAAUGCAAAAAGAACAAAUCCGACCGAAUACCCAAGGAUUCUUUUUAUUAACCGCCUGUUAUGAAGAUCAAGCUGUUUUAGCCUCAGGUGAUGUCAAUUUAGCAAAACCACGUGUUUCAACACGUUUACGCCGUGCCUUUACAGAGCAUGCUCCGAAAAAAAUUGAUUACCUUGGAUUAUGUCCCAUUCAAUUUAUGUCAAUUGCGACUGCGCUCAUUCCUUUUUUAGAACAUGACGAUGCGAACCGUGCGUUAAUGGGAUCCAAUAUGCAGCGUCAAGCGGUAUCCCUUCUUCGAUCGGAACGUGCAUUUGUAGGAACUGGGUUAGAAGGUCGUAUCACACGUGAUUCAGGUAGUUUACUUGUUGCGAAACAAACAGGAUAUGUGACAUAUGCAGACGCACAACGCAUUGAAUACGUCACACCAAAAGAUGACCCAACUGGAACACAGUUUAAAUUAAUUGCACAUAGCGUGGAAUUAGAAUCCUACCACCGUUCAAACCAAGAUUCAUGUCUUCACCAUCGCCCAUUAGUCGAAGCAAAUACAUGGGUUCAAAAGGGAGAUUGCUUAGCCGAUAACACCGCGACAUUCGGUGGUGAGUUAGCUCUUGGUCGAAAUAUUUUCGUUGGCUAUAUGCCAUGGGAAGGAUACAACUUUGAAGAUGCUGUCCUUGUAAGUGAACGCUUAGUGUUCGAUGAUCUCUUCACCUCAAUUCAUAUUGAACGAUACGAUGUUGAAACAGCCCGUUUACAAGAUGGCCAAGAGUACUUUACGCCGGCAGUCGCCAAUAGUGAAUAUUUAGAUGAACUUGGAAUCGUAAAAGUUGGAACAUGGGUUGAAUCUGGGGAUGUCCUUGUUGGAAAAAUUUCGCCACAAAAAGAUUCCGAAACAACGCCAGAACAAAAAUUACUCCGCGCCAUUUUUGGCGGUACACCACGCCAAGUAAAAGAGACAUCUUUUUGUGUGUCACAUGGAGUGUCUGGCCGAAUUUUAGACCGUCGUUUUAACUGUACAUCGAAAAAAUUUAAUGCGAAAGAAGAAGCGAAUGCCUUUGAAUCCACAGGGGAAGUAUUUAUUUAUUUAGUCCAAAAGCGUCGUUUACAGAUUGGUGACAAAGUAGCAGGGCGUCACGGAAAUAAAGGAAUUGUGUCAAACAUUCUUCCACGUGCAGAUAUGCCAUUUGUUCAAAAUGGCCAACCUUUAGACAUGGUUCUUAACCCAUUAGGAGUACCAUCACGUAUGAACGUGGGUCAAAUUUUUGAAUGUCUCUUAGGAUUAGCAGCCCAUACAUUAGAGAAAAACUUUAAAGUUGUCCCAUUUGAUGAAAUGCACGGGGAUGAAAUUUCGCGAGGCUUUGUCUAUCAAUAUUUGUAUGAAGCUCGCUUAAUGACACAACAAAAAUGGUUAUUCCGACCAAGUGCACCAGGAAAAACCAUUGUCUUUGAUGGGCGUACCGGUUCACCAUUUGAACAACCUGUCACUGUGGGUUACCCAUAUAUUUUAAAGUUAGUUCACCUUGUAGAUGAUAAAAUCCAUGCGCGUUCAACUGGACCAUAUUCAUUAGUGACACAGCAACCUCUUGGAGGCCGUUCAAAACACGGUGGUCAACGUCUUGGAGAAAUGGAAGUUUGGGCACUCGAAGGAUUUGGAGCAGCCUACACUCUCCAAGAACUAUUAACGAUUAAAUCGGAUGAUAUGAAUGGUCGUACUGACGCAUUCAUGGCUAUGAUCAGAGGAACGCUUUUACCGAAACCAGGAAUCCCAGAAUCGUUCAAAGUCCUUGUUUCUGAAUUACGCGGGUUAUGUCUUGAUAUGACACUUUCACAAAUUCGAUAA